UGCUGGUCCGGACUGUCGCUUGCAACGCAGGAGGAUUGUGCGGAGGUAAACAUCAACACUAAAAUCAGGCAUGGCGGAGGCAGGAAAUUGGUCUCCUACUGCUGUUCCCCAGGAACUCGGCGAUGGGUCUCCCGUUGUAGUUUUAUGUGACACAUAUACAGGCAUCGUCGAAGACCAAAUGGCAGCAAGCAAAAACAGUGUGCGUCAUCAAAUACAACCACGUAAUGAUAAAAAAUUGUAUUCAUGUAGGGAUUGCGGGUACCGGACAUCGCUGAAGUAUAACUUAUCACGACAUAUGAUAACUCAUACAGGUGAAAGACCUUACAAAUGUAACCAAUGUGAGUAUUCUGCAAGUGACAAAGGCAACUUGGAUUCUCAUAUGGUCAGACACACUGGUAACAAACCUUACAUGUGCGGGGAGUGUGGAUAUAGGGCAUAUCGUAAGUCUACGUUAUCCCAACAUAUGAGAACCCAUACCGGUGAAAAACCCUACAAGUGUGACCAGUGUGACUAUUCUGCUGCACUGAAAUCCAGCUUGGACUGCCAUCUAUUCAAACACACAGAUAAGAAACCCUAUAUGUGUGGGGAGUGUGGAUACGGGACCUCUAAAAAGGAUGGCUUGUCCAGACACAUGAGAAUCCAUACCGGCGAAAAACCAUACAAAUGUGAGCAGUGUAAUUUUUCGUCUGCCAGAAAAACUCACUUACUACGACAUAUGAGAACUCAUACUGGUGAAAAACCCUACAAGUGUGACCAGUGUGAUUAUUCUGCAGCAGAUAAGUCCACCUUGGUCAGCCAUUUAGCAAGACACACCGGUAAGAAACCCUACAUGUGUGAGAAGUGCGGGUAUCGGGCAGCGCGAAAGUCUCACUUUUCCAAACAUAUGAGAACCCAUAUGGGUGAAAAACCCUACAAAUGUGACCAGUGUGGUUAUUCCUCUACCACAAAACCUAACUUAGCUCUUCAUAUAAGAACUCAUACCGGUGAAAAACCCUUCAAGUGUGACCAGUGUGAUUAUUCUGCUGCACGGAAAUCCACAUUGGACAGUCAUCUACUCAUACACUCGGGUGAGAAACCCUACAUGUGUGGGGAGUGUGGGUACAGGACAAGGCAAAGGAAUCACUUAAAACAACAUCUGAGAACUCAUACAGGUGAAAAACCCUACAAGUGUGACCAGUGUGACUAUUCUGCUGCGCAGAAGUGCAGCUUGAACAGCCAUCUAGAAAAACACGCCGUUGAGAAAACCUACAUGUGUGGGGAGUGAGGAUACAUGUCAGCUGACACGUUUAACCUACCUAUCCAGACACAUGACAAUUAACACUGGUUAGAAACCCUACAAGUGUGACCACUGUGACUAUUCCGUUGUACAGAAAUCUACAUACAUAUACAGCCAUCUACAAGGUAAAAACCCAUACAUGUGUGCUGAGUAUAAUUACACAACAAUUUAAAUGCUCCACCUAUGAUAACCCUCU